AUGCGUCUAAGAGCGCUCAUUCAAGCCGGUGUUGCGCUUUUAGCUAGCGCACCCAUAACUUGCGCCGUCUCUCUUGUGGAGCUCGACACCUCAGAAGCAGGACACAUCGAGAUUCGAUCCAAGGUUCACAAUGCAACUGGCAUUCGCUAUGUUAAGAACUCAGGGAUAUGCGAAACAACUCCAGGUGUCACGCAAAUUUCUGGUUACAUUGAUGUUGGAACAAACAUGUCCAUGUGGUUCUGGUUCUUUGAGUCUAGAACCUCCCCUAAAACAGCCCCAUUUACUCUAUGGCUGAAUGGCGGCCCUGGAUGUUCUUCUAUGAUCGGAUUGUUCGAAGAAAGCGGACCAUGCUCAGUGAAUGCCGAUCUUAAUUCGACCACUCUUAAUCCCUACAGCUGGAAUAAUCUCAGCAACAUAAUCUACAUUGACCAGCCAAUCGGAACCGGAUUCUCCUAUGGUACCGAUCUGGUAAAUAGCACGGAAGCUGCUGCGCCGUUUGUAUGGACUGCAUUCCAGGUUUUGUUUGAGAGCAAAAUUUUUUCGAAGUAUGCUAGCCGAGAAUUCAUCCUUGCCACAGAAAGCUAUGGUGGUCACUAUGCACCCAGUUUUGUGACCUACUUCGAAGAGAAAAAUGUCUUGAUCGCUAGCGGGGCGAUCCAUGCCGUUCCAAUCGUUGUUAGUGCUCUGACGAUUAAUAAUGGCUGGAUCGAUCCACUCAUUCAGAACAUCGCAUACCUAACCUUUGCGACCUAUGCCCCUGGCUACGGACGACUCCAGCCGGAUCCCGUACUGAAGAACAUUUCAAAUGCUCUGUACGGCCACGACGGUUGCAUAGCGCAAGAGAAAGCCUGUUACGCUGCUGGAAAUUCUACCAGCUCAAACAAUAUUUGCGAGAAUGCCGAUCGUUACUGCGAUGAAUAUGUCUACUUCCCUGCUGCCCACGGUUACGACGACUAUGAUGUGCGGCAAAAUUCAUCUAAUUUAUUCCCCCCUCAAUACGAAGUGGAUUAUUUGCACAAGAAGGAUGUCAUGAAGAAGAUCGGUGCCCAGGUCACAUACGAGCGGUGCCCAGACCCACCUUAUGAUCAGUUUGUAUAUACAGGCGACCUCGGUAGGACAUGGCUGCCCCAGCUAUCGGCAUUGGCGAACUCUGGGAUGAAGAUUUUGAUCUGGGCUGGAGAUGCUGAUAUCAUCUGUAACUGGCUUGGGCUCCAUGCGUCAGUCCUAGCAAUGGAUUGGUAUGGGAAUGAGACGCUCCAUAAUACCCCAUUCAUCAAUAUGACGAUUGACGGCAAGCCCGUGGCAGCUGUGCAGAACCUCGACAACUUCUCUUUCGUACGUGUGUAUGAAGCUGGACACGAGGUGCCUGCCUUCCAGCCCGAAGCAGCUUUGGAGAUUUUCUCGCAGGUUAUUCGGAAGGAACAGCUUCACUCCGUUUAAC